AUGAGUGUCAGGGUCGUUGCUCGUAUCCGGCCUCUGCUCCAGGCGGAACUAGAGAAGGACCAGAUUGUGACGAGCCACAUUGGACCAGAUGGAACACCUACCAUGAUCAAGAUCCCCAAUCCGAAGAACCUCGCCGAAGAAUUCAGUUUCCAGUUCAACAGUGUGUAUGAGCAGAGCGCGACUCAGCAAGAGAUAUAUGACGCCGAAGUCGCCCCAACAGUCAAACACCUCUUCCUCGGCUACGAUGUGACCCUAUUCGCCUAUGGCUCGACAGGAACAGGCAAAACUCAUACAAUGCGAGGCGGAAAGUCGCUCGCCGAUAGAGGAAUGAUCCCCCGUCUGCUCAGCAGCAUCUAUAGGAAGAGCCGUACAAUCGAGAAGAGCAGUAACGGAGAGACCAACGUGGCCGUGUCGAUGAGCUACUAUGAAAUCUACAACGACCGGGUAUUUGACUUGUUUGACGCACCCGAGAAGAGAACCGCCACUGGUCUGCCCAUCCGAGAGGCAGAAGGUGGCAAGACUGUCGUGGUUGGAUUGACAGAAGUGCCGUGCCGAUCGUUGAAGGAGUUUGAGGCGCUGUACGAUAAAGCCAACGCCAACCGAAGCACUGGCGCAACCAAGCUGAACUCCCACUCUUCUCGGUCGCACGCCAUUCUGUGCGUCAAGGUCACCAUCACAAGCCCUACGGAGACUAGAGUGAGCACGGCUUCGGCCAUCGAUCUGGCCGGGUCCGAGGACAAUCGAAGAACAGGAAACGGAAAGGAUAGAAUGGUCGAGUCGGCAAGCAUCAACAAGUCUUUGUUUGUUUUGGCGCAGUGUGUUGAGGCCAUCAGCAAGAAACAGCCACGGAUUCCAUAUCGAGAGUCGAAGAUGACCAGGAUCCUCUCGCUAGGUCAGAACAACGGGUUUACUGUUAUGAUUCUGAACCUGGCUCCUGUCAAAUCAUACCAUCUCGACACUCUCAGUUCUUUGAAUUUUGCGAAUAGAACGAAAAAGAUCGAGGUACGGGAGGUGGAGAACGAGCCUAUCUUCAAAGGACCGCCACGACAAACCACUGGGGGAGCCCUGGCUGGUGGAACUAUGCAGCGACAGCCUUUACGACCACUGAGCAAUGGUAUCAACGUCAAUCUCACAGCCAAUCGUGAUGCAACGACCAAGAACGAAAAGCCACCGAAGGCGUUUGCUGUAUAUUCCGAUCGCAGCAGACCUACGGCACCGAAAGGCGUUCUCCCCCCAAAGUCGUCACCACUGAAGCGCAACGCAGACAACUCCUUGCUGGGGUCUAGCCGCCCGAGCAAGAUCUCUCGGCCAACACCGAACUUCAUCCGCCGCGGACCGGAAGCAACGACACUGAGCAAAGCUUCGAUCGAGACGUUGGUCGAGCAGAAAGUGUCGGAGAUCCUGGCAGCCCGGGCAUUGAAUGCCCCCGAUCCAGCUCCGACCAAGACCGUUUCGGAAGAAGUCCAGCGACGACUGGACAGCAUCGAGAAGCGACUGGCCGGGCAAGAUGGAGAACGAGCCGAAGGCCUCAGUUAUUUGUUUAUGGCCAAACAACAUCAAGCACGGGGCGAAGAUGGAAGCGCGUUGAAGAUGUAUGAGCUGGCACGACCAUAUUUCCCCGACAAUGAGAAGUUGCAGAGCAAGAUUGACCGGCUAAGAGAGAAGUUGGCAACCAAGCGAGUCGAAGAAGAUAACGUAGGGACUAUCCCGGCACAGAAACCAACUUCGUCAAACCCCUACUCCAGAGAACGCCGUGACUACGAAAAUGAUGAUGGGGAUGAAAGUUACCACGACGAGGCAGAGGAGUCGGCAUAUCAUGAUAGCGAAGAUGACGACGACAACGACGACGGCGGAUCCUCUCACCGUGCUCGUCCGAGGAAACAAAGAGGAACUCAGGGACAGGGCCAGAGACAGAACCGUAAAGCGAGAACAUCGUCGCCCGAUCCCCUGACUCGACAUAACCUAUCCCACGCAGAUGCAAGGGUAUACACAGAUGAACAGGCAGAAUCCGAGACUGGCACCGUCACGCCUCGCACCCGGUAUCUUCUCGACGUCAUCAACUCGCGCGACGUCUCCAAGAUCAGAACUCUGAGCGGGCUCGGCGCCAAACGUGCCGAAGGAAUCAUCGAAUACUUGAAUGCUGAGGCCGAGGCUGGUGCUGGGUCUGAGGCCGAGGAUGACAUGCCCGGUAACAAUCACGACAGAUGUUUCAUGUUGAGGAGUUGGACAGACUUGACCAGGUUGCGCGGAGUGGGCAAGAAGACGCUGGAAACAAUGAGGGAGGCCGUCCUUGUUUGA